AUGGCUGGUUUUUCGUUCGCGAAUUCGCUCGACAAAGUGCCGGGUGGCGAAGCUCUCCCCACAGAGUUCACAAUAAACGCUUCCCCGUCGACGGACGUGUGGGCCAAGCCACCUUCCACCGAGAGGUUCAAUGCUCCUAUCCUCUACAAAUCCAUUACACUGGAUAGCUUCAGGCGUGCCCGAGUCGCAUUCUCGGCCAACUGGCGCCAGAAGUACGACCAGGGUGGACUGAUUCUUGUUCUUAACGGGGCCAACGGGAGUCGCAAAUGGGUCAAGACUGGCAUUGAGUUCACCCACGGGAAAACUCAUUUGAGUACCGUGACUAAGGAUCGAUGGGCAGAUUGGAGUCUGCUUCCAGUUCCAUCCGGCGGCGCAGGGGCAACGCUGGAGAUUGUCAGAGAACCGGACGACAGCUUAUGGGUUUACCUCGUUGAGGGGAUCCAAAAGUCGCCGAUUCGAGAGGUGACUUGGGUCUUUGCUGAAAAGGACGUUACUGACACCUGGAUUGGUUUCUACGCGGCGAGGCCAUCGGGCGAGGGAGGUGAUUUGGUCGUGAAUUUCGCUUCCGCGGUGAUCGAUGCGACGGAUUCAACAAAAAAAUAA